CCACGAUGGCGUUGCAACAGCAGAGGUUGUUGCUAAGUUUGCAUCGCAUUUACUACUGUAGACUCAGGGCUUUCACUUUGAUAACUGCUACGAUAUAGAAACAAAUCUGAAGAUAAACCUUAACAACCCACUAUAUACCAAACCUCUGUCAAUCAUUGCUUAGGCUGCGAGAGCGCAAGGUAAUCCAAAGGUCAGCUUCUGCUCUGAAGCGCUGUGUCCAAUCACCUGAGCAGUCCCAAGGCAGGGAGUUCAUCAUUAACUGGAUGUUAACAAGACAGUGAUUGCUGGGUCAGGUGCUAUCUCCCAUUCAUGACUCUUGUUCAGCCUUUCAGUGUGACACACUGCCAAUUGCUGGACACUUCUCCAUUGAGCAUUUGAAUCCUCUAAUGUUAAUUCGAGCAUUCAACUUUACUUUGCAGGGCUCAGUUAAAGCCUUCACUGUGCACAGAUAAACACAACCUUUACUCACUGUUAAAAAUUACCCUUGUUUCUCCCCGCAAACGUAGUGUGUUAAAAAUUAAACACUUCCCUUGGUUAAGAUUAAAGUGCAAAGUACCCCAUGUUUCGUUCCUUGUCCCCUGCCAUAGUUUUGCCGCUGUUUAAACCUUUGCUGACAGCACAAAGGAAAUGGCCUCUUCAAGUCCAGGAAUUAAUUCUCUUGCCUCCUGGGUUGCGUUUUUCCUGCUCCUGUGGACCUUUUCUGAAGGUGGAAAGCUUUUGGUUGUACCUAUCGAUGGCAGCCACUGGCUCAGCAUGCGCCCGGUUGUGGAGCGGCUCAGGCAGAGGGGACAUGAAAUCGUGAUGGUUGUACCAGAGAUAAAUUUACGGAUAGGUUCGUCGGUGCAUUAUACCAUGAAAACAUACUCUGUGUCUUACACUAAGGAGUAUGUGGAGGCAGAAUUUAAAAAGAUGGGCUAUAGGAGUUUCACACCUCAACCCUUCUUGGAAAAAUUCUCAAAAAUGGCAAAUAUUACAACCAUGUUCUUCGAUUCCUGCAAACGUCUUCUGUCUAACAAAGAACUGAUUAAAUACCUUGAAGAAAGCAAAUUUGAUGCUGUCUUUAUGGAUCCUUUUUUUCCAUGUGGACAGAUAGUGGCUGAACACCUCUCCCUACCUUCUGUGUACCUUGUACGGGGACUGCCGUGCAGCCUCGACUUCCAUGCUACCCUCUGUCCAAACCCUCCUUCGUACAUUCCUAGGUUCUUCACUCGCUACACGGACCGCAUGGCAUUCCUCCAGCGUGUGGGCAAUCUCAUAGUUAGCCUGAGCAGUUCCCUGGCUUGCAGUUUUCUUUAUUCGCCAUACGAUCAUUUGAUCAAAGAAUUCCUCCACCAAGAGGCAACAGUGCUUGAGCUGCUCAGCCACGCAUCCGUUUGGCUCAUGAAAUACGACUUUGUGUUUGAGUACCCCAGGCCCCUAAUGCCUAACAUGGUCUUGAUCGGAGGCGUAAGCUGCGCUCGGGAAAGAGCGUUAUCGCAGGAAUUUGAAGCUAUUGUGAAUGCCUCUGGGGAACAUGGCAUUAUUGUCUUCUCGCUGGGCUCCAUGGUCUCUGAGAUUCCUAUGAAGAAAGCCAAAGAAAUCGCAGAAGCCUUGGGAUCAGUCCCUCAAACGGUUUUGUGGCGAUACACGGGAGAGGCGCCUCCCAACCUGCCAAAGAACGUAAAGCUCAUCAAAUGGCUGCCACAGAAUGAUCUUCUAGCUCACCCUAAGACUCGUGCAUUUAUUACCCAUGGAGGCUCACACGGUGUUUACGAGGGCAUAUGCAAUGCGGUGCCAAUGGUACUAAUGCCUUUAUUUGGAGACCAGAUGGACAAUGCCAAGCGAGUAGAGUCACGGGGAGCAGGAGUGACACUGAAUAUACUUGAAAUGACUUCGAAGGACAUAUCCGCUGCCCUGAAAGCAGUAAUCAACGAUAAAAAGUACAAAGAGAACAUCAAGCGUCUCUCAGACCUUCACCUUGACAGACCCAUCCACCCCCUGGACCUGGCUGUGCACUGGGUGGAGUUUGUAAUGAGACACAAAGGGGCUCCACACCUGCGACCCGCUGCUCACGACCUGAACUGGAUCCAGUACCACUCUCUGGACGUCAUCGCCUUCCUCCUCGCCGUGGUGCUCCUCUCCCUCUUCAUUUCUGUGAAGUGCUGCCUGUUCUGCUGCCGCAGGUGCUGCUUUAAGAAGGGAAGAACAAGAAAGCCAACCAAAUCAAAGUCUCACUAGCAGAUGAAACUAGUGGUAGGAGAUAAGGUCUGCUCAGACCAGAAGGAUCAGAGAACAUCACAAAUCUCAAGAAAAUUAUUUCUGACUUUCAGUCAAGAAAUAAUGUUCCUUUAAACUAGCACCAUGGGAGGGGUUGUUUCACUGAUAUAAUUUUUGCCUUUAAUUAAGAAUCCGUUAUUAAAAUUACUUUGUAUAGGACUGCUUCAGUCACUUGGGAAGGUAUUAGGUCGAAGUCUGAGGCUCCUGGCUUCCACAUCUUGAUGUACAGCAGGCUCAUGGUGACUUUUUUUCCUUACCUCUCUAUGCAAUGGGAUUUAUAGGGAUUUCAUAAGACUUUGCUUCAAGGGCUUUAGAAGAACCAUUUACUGAAGUGUAAUACCGUCAGGUUUAUCAAGCACUUUGAAAUCUCUGUAUAGCUGUUGUUAUAGAAGAGGCAAACGUUAUACUCUGACAAUGUGUCACAUAAGCCUAGCUAGAUACAUAUCUUAAAUGGAUUUUGUGUGUUUAUAAUACCCUGAACAAAAUUAAGGUUUUGGCAAGGAAGUUGUUGAAAGCCAUGGGUGUUUCACCGAAGUUCUCCAUCAGGCAGAGCACUGUACCUGGAGAUUACCUGUUAGGCGAUGAGAUCUUCGUAAUCGUUGUUUAUAAAACCCAACUGAUGUGCUCUUUGUAAGUGAUGUUCAGGUAAGGACCCAAACACCAGCCCUAUAAAUAAACGCCCAAUACUAACAA